AUGUCGACUCCCGUACUUCACUACUUUCGCUUGGGAAGCCUUGGUAGGGGUGAAAUUAUCAGAGUGUUUUUGCGAGAGCUGAAUAUCGAGUACGAGGAUAAGUACUACGCCUACGACGAUACGUGGCCUGGUAUCAAUAAAUCCCAAGGAAUCAGCAUCACUGGCACUUUGCCCGUCUUGGAAAUUGACGGCCAAAGGCUAUACCAGCACCUUGCCAUACUUCGCUAUCUAGCACGCCGAUCCGGUGCAUACGAUGGGGAAACAAACUAUGAAAAGUAUCUUGUCGACGCUGUAGCCGACAUGUACAAUGACUGGCGAACUGGCUGGGUUAACCAGUUGACGGCCAAAGCGACAGAUUACAAGGACAAGCACGUCACAAAGUUCAACGAUCUCUUCACCCAUUUCUACGCGCUGGACAACAGCGGCCCUUACCUCCUGGGCAACAGGCCGACUUAUGUCGACUUUGCCGUCUUCCAAGCUCUGGAUAAUGACGAGUGCAUUGGCUGCGGUGUUGAUACACUGUCAGAGCCACUGAAGAAAUUGAGGGAGGCUAUCCACGCUCGCCCGAAUAUCGAGCGAUAUUUGGCCGAGAGAGCAGCAGCUAAAUAG